AUGGAUUAUCAUUACGAACAGACAAGUGAAGUGGAGGCCUUAGACUCAAUUUAUUAUGGAGAUAUGCAAAUUUUACAGUCAGCGCCGAUGCACAAGUUCAGUAUACCUAUCAAGUCUGAAGGCUAUGAUGAUGGAGAAGGAUUGGCAUGCGAAUUGGUGUUUACAUACACUGCAAAAUAUCCUGAAGAGUUACCUCUACUUGAAAUAAACACAGAUGAAAGUUUUGACGAGAUGGUUGACCGGAAUGAACUUUAUAGGCAUUUAAUUGAACAGGCUGAUGAAAACAAAGGCAUGGUAAUGGUUUUCACACUAGUAUCAGCAGGACAGGAAUGGCUCAAUGAGAAGUGGGACAGCAUUCAAAGAGAAAGAGAAGAGGAGGUUCUUGCUAAGAAGAAAGCUGACGAAGAAGCUGAAAUGAAAAGGUUUGAGGGCACACGAGUGACUGUAGAAUCGUUUCUAGCAUGGAGAAAACAGUUUGAAAAUGAAAUGGGUAUACCUGCCAAGAGAGAAAAGGAAGGAAAAGACAAAAACAAAUUAACAGGCAAAGAGUUGUUCUUGAGGGACACUACGCUUAAUGAAUCAGAUCUCAAAUUCCUUGAAGAUGGAGAUGCAGUCAAAGUGGACGAAUCAUUGUUCCAAGAUUUGGAUGAUUUGGAACUCUCUGAUGAAGAUGAUGAUGACGUAGACUAUGUACCAGGUCAGAGUAGCGACAGUGAUUAACAAACAAUCCCGCGCUCCUAACGCGCUACCAAGAAGAUACACAAUACACAUGGCCUUAAUCUCUACGUUAUAAUACAGUUAAUUUGUGCUCGUAAAGACUAUAAGGUAAUUAAAAGCUUUAUAAUAAUGUUAA